GUGUGAAGGAGAGGGAGAACGCCACCCGCCGCCUCCUGGACACUCUGGACCAGCUGGAGUGCCUCAACAUGGCUCACCAAGCUGACAACCUCAAGCUGAAGGAGGAAAACACUCGCCUAUAUACAGCUAAUCAUUUGCUCGAGGAGGACAACAGGAAGACUAAGAACGAAGUGCGUCUUGCUCAGGAGGAAAUUUUGCUAUUAAAGUCCCAGAUCCGUCAAGUGGAGGAGGACUCGAGGCUGGUCAAGGACGAUAACAUGAAGACUAAGAACGAAGUGCGCCUUGCUCAGGAGGAAAAUAUUCAAUUAAAGUCCCAGAUCCGUCAAGUAGAGGAGGACUCGAGGCUGGUCAAGGAAGAGAUCCGUCAAGCGGAGGAGGAUUCGAGGCUGGUCAAGGAAGAUAACAUGAAGACUAAGAACGAAGUGCGCCUUGUUCAGGAGGAAAAUAUUCAAUUAAAGUCCCAGAUCCGUCAAAUGGAGGAGGACUCGAGGCUGGUCAAGGAAGAGAUCCGUCAAGCGGAGGAGGAUUCGAGGCUGGUCAAGGAAGAUAACAUGAAGACUAAGAACGAAGUGCGCCUUGCUCAGGAGGAGAUUGUGCUAUUAAAGUCCCAGAUCCGUCAAGUAGAGGAGGACUCGAGGCUGGUCAAGGAAGAGAUCCGCCAAGCGGAGGAGGAUUCGAGGCUGGUCAAGGAAGAUAACAUGAAGACUAAGAACGAAGUGCGCCUUGCUCAGGAGGAGAUUGUGCUAUUAAAGUCCCAGAUCCGUCAAGUAGAGGAGGACUCGAGGCUGGUCAAGGAAGAGAUCCGUCAAGCGGAGGAGGAUUCGAGGCUGGUCAAGGAAGAUAACAUGAAGACUAAGAACGAAGUGCGCCUUGCUCAGGAGGAGAUUGUGCUAUUAAAGUCCCAGAUCCGUCAAGUAGAGGAGGACUCGAGACUGGUCAAGGAGGAGAUCCGUCAAGCGGAGGAGGACUCGAGGCUGCUCAAGGAAGAAAACAGGAAGACUAAGAACGAUGUUCGCAUAGCAGAGGAGACAAAUCGUCGUCUAAUGGCUGACAUUCAUCAAGUGGAGGAGGACUCAAAGCUGGUCAAGACGAGGAACCGAGAACUGGAGCUUGCGGAGACCCGAGCCCAGGAGAGGGUCAAGACGGCGUUGACGAGGGUCAGUGAGCUAGAGCGAGAGACACAACAGCUGCAAGAGUUAAAUAAUAACACAGUAGGAGAGAAAAGACUUGUUGAAGAGCAACUCUCACUCCUGGAGGAACAGGUCAGGGUCCUUCAAACAGCAAACGUUGUUCUGAAGGAAGAAAAAGAAGAAACAAUCAGAAAGACUGAAGUGGAGAAAAGACUUAUUGAAGAGCAACUCUCCGUCAUUGAAGAAGAGGCCAGUAAGUUACGGGUUGGAAACAAGGCUCUACAGAGCGAAAAAGACAGACAGGCACAGCAGCUCAGAAAUACUCAAGAGGAGAAGAACAAAAUGGCAGAAAAAAGUAGCUUGAUGGAAGAGGAACACGAGAAGUGCAAGAGGAAUGUCAGUGAGCUGUCCACAAGGGUGACAACGGCCAAGGACUGUUCUGAACUGUACUGCCGGGGAGCGAGGAUGGAUGGCGUCUACUUCAUCAAACCUGACAGUGAAACCUUCAUACCACAGGAGUUUGAUGAAUUUCCAAAAGAGGACGAAAAAGCAGCCAGAAUCCUUGGAGGAUUUAUUUGUGGAGUUGAAGGCAUUGGCUAA